AUGCCCAGAAAUUUGACUUUUGUUAUCUUUUUCUUUAAUCAGCAGGUGUCAAAGCAACUGGAGCCAUGGUGUGAACUUAAAGACAAAGUGGUUCUUGUGACAGGUGCUUCCUCUGCUAUAGGAAAAGAGCUAUUUGAUCUAGGUAAAGCUGGCUGUAAGAUUGUUGCAGCAGUUCGUCGUGUGGAUCGUCUCAAAUCACUCUGCUCUGAAAUCAACAGUUUCAAUCCACGCGGAAUCCAAGCUGCAGCUCUUGAGCUAGACGUUUCAUCAGACGCAGCCACCAUUCAAAAAGCUGUGAAGGAAGCUUGGGAGAUCUUCGGAAAGAUCGAUGCGUUGAUCAACAACGCCGGGUUUAGAGGCAAUGUCAGGUCGAGUUUGGAUUUGUCAGAAGACGAGUGGGACAAAGUCUUCAAGACCAACUUAACCGGGACUUGGUUAGUCUCCAAAUACAUAUGCGUUUUAAUGCGUGACGCUAAACAUGGUGGUUCGGUUAUAAACAUAUCAUCAGUCUCUGGACUACACCGCGGUCUUGUGCCUGGUGGAAUCGCGUAUGCAUGUUCUAAAGGUGGUGUUGACACCAUGACAAGGAUGAUGGCUCUUGAGUUAGGUGUUUACAAGAUCAGAGUGAACUCCAUUGCACCGGGGCUUUUGAAGUCAGAGAUCACACAUGGUCUUAUGGAGAAAGAGUGGCUCAAGACCGUUACCGAACGGACUGUCCCCUUAUAGGUACAGCAGACCAUGGAUCCGGGGCUUACUUCUCUCGUUCGCUAUCUCAUUCACGACCCAAAAUAUAAUGUGUUUUAUAGCAAUAAUAAGUGA